UUUUGAAAAGGCAAUUCAACGGUGGAAUAGAGAAAACCCAUAUGGAGAGUUGGUCAAGGCUCUGCUACUCUGAGAUGCUCUACAAAUUGAAUUCCCAUUUCUCCUUCAAUUUCAUCUUUUGCAGGCGCCUUCAAUUCAAUUCUGUCUCCAGAUUCUCUCUUUCUGGAUUUUCUCUGCAAUUUUCUAUCUAGAUUUCUCGAAAUCAGAGGAAGAAUUAUGGGUAUUUCAUUGAGUAAAUUCAGAAGGCAUCGCCACCAUCGCCGCCACAACCGACACCAAGCACAGCCACAGGAACGGCUGCAGCAGCCAAUUGCUGCUGCGUCUUCUUCUUCUCUUGAAACCCCACCUCUGCAGCCAACUCCGCCACCUUGUCUUCCGUCAACAUCGCAACCAACUCCGUCACCUUGUCUUCCAUCACCAUCGCCAUCAACUCCGUCAGCUUCUCUUCCACCGCCAUCACCACCUACUCCGCCUUCCCUUCCCCCGCCGUCGCCGCCAACGCCGCCACCGUUUCUUCCAUCGCCAUCAUCAACUCCUCCACCACCGCGUCCAUCGUCUCAGCCGUCGUUUGUUUUUGCGGCGAAUGCGCCUUUCCCAUCGACUACACAAGGGCCUUAUGCGGGUUUGCCUUCUCCUUCGGCUCCAGCGCAGCUUUCUUCGAAUUAUGGUUCGCCCAUGACGAUGGAUGGAUUCGGUUUCUCUCAAUUUCCGGCCAAUUUUAAUCGUGGUUAUUCCGGGUGGGGCGGGUAUGUCCCGACACCGCCGCCGCUGCCGUCGCCAUCGCCACCGCCAUACGUGGAUCACAUGAGUGCCAGGAAGAUCAAGAAUGAUGUGAAUGUUCACAAGGAUACUAUAAGGGUUGAUUGGGAUGAGAAGAAUUUGGACUCCCAUUUGGUUUCUUUCACUUUUGAUGCUCUGGUCGACGGCAGCAUCACCAUUUUUUACUUUGCCAAGGAAGGAAAUAAUUGUUCCUUCACUCCUUUAUAUCCCGAGAUAUACAUGCCGAUUAGAAUUCCAUUCCAAAAUGGGUUGGGUCAAAAGUUCUGUCAGCGCUCAGGAACUGGCAUUGACCUGGGCUUCUUUGCCCUAGAUGACUUAUCAAGGCCAUCACAGAACGAAGAGGUGUUCCCACUGGUUAUCUAUGCAGAAUCAAGUCUGCCAUCACUUCCGCCAAUGCAUGAGCAGCUUGGUCAGCCUCCGCCUAUCGCUCCUUCCCGUGCACAGAUUACUCAAGCUGUGCUGGAGAAGAAUAAUGAGGGCCAUUUCCAAGUGAAAGUCAUCAAGCAGAUCUUGUGGGUCGAUGGAGUUCGCUAUGAGCUACGUGAGCUCUAUGGCAUUGAAAAUUCUGAUGAAAGGGGUAUUGGCAACAAUGACACAGGGAAAGAAUGUGUUAUUUGCAUGACGGAGCCAAAUGAUACUGUUGUUCUACCUUGUCGUCAUGUGUGUUUAUGCAGUGAAUGUGCAAAGCAGCUAAGGCUUCAGUCAAAUAAGUGUCCCGUAUGUCGCCACCCCAUCCAGGAACUCAUAGUGAUUGUCCAUAAAGAACAAUCCUAAUCCGAUAACUCAGCAGGAUGACUGCUGCCCUUGCAAAAGAUUUCACCAGACUCUUAGGUGGGAUCAAUCACAUGGCUUCAAAACCACAGUUCAUAUGCGGGAGAUGCUAUGAUCGCAUGUGAGAGCUUGUUUAUAGGGGGUAAAACUUUUUUUUUCCUGUGUUUAAUUUUUCAUUACAGUCAAGAAAUAUGACAUUUUCAUUGGUUGAGUUUACAUAUCUUGAUGAAGGAGAAAGAAGUACAAAAAUUUCUUUUGGAAUAUACCAAAUUCUACAGAGGAAGAGUUGAAUUGUUGUGUUGAAAGAGCAGCAUUGUAUUAGUGAAGGAAUUUUACCCUUGGAGAAGAGUUGUAAUAAAGCUGACAGUAUCUGCUUGUGUAGCAUUCUCUGUCUCCCUCUCUCUCAUAUAAAACAAAACUUAUGUAUAUAGGAUGAAAGGAAGAGAAUAUGUGCUGUAGAAGUUAGCAUGAGAUGGACAAAGUAUAUAUCUUGGAAUCUGUGAAAGUUUGGAAGUAGACUGUGUGUUAAGAGAAUAGAGACCAAAAGCAAGGUCUUUGAUCAGAUCCCCACCACCCUUACUGUUGAAGAUUUGGAUCUUCCUGGGUUUUUUUCUUUGAGGCUCCACCACACUACAUAAUCAUUAUAUACCAAAAAGCACAACCAAUUAGGAUACACCACCUGUAUAUUUAGGUCUUAUUGCUUUGUAACAAGUUCUGCUCUAUUAUUCUAUUCCUUGAUUCUAUUA